AUGAAUUAAGAAAUAUAGCAAUUUCUGAAUAAGUUAGAGAAAGUGAUUUAUAUAUUAGUUUUUUUCCUGAAUUAAGUAAACCUCCGAAACCAGAUUUAGAAUUUAUGGAUGAGGAUGAAUUCUACGAAUGGCUUCAUCAAAGAUUAUUAUUAUUUAUUGUUACAAAAGAUAUUCAAAUUGCUGCAAUGGCAAUUUAACAAUGGUGUUUAAAAGGAUAUUGUAAUCUCUUUAAACUUUAAUACAUAGGAUAUUAGAAUCUGGAAUCCCAUUGAU